AGCCCCAGUCUGAAACGGGCGCAGCUUUGCCGAACGCCCGCAGCGUCGGCGCCAGUCCCAGGCUGGUGCGGAGACGCGGCGGGGGAGGACAAGCUCUCCCGCGUACACCGAGCUCUUCCUCAGGCCUGGCCCCCGGGCUCAGCGCCGCCCUGAGGCGGCUGCUGCUGAGUGCGGAACAUCAGCCGCGCACGGCCCCCGGGCGCUCUGGGGCCCCACCCAACCCGCCUCUACCAUCGCCCCGCGGCCUCCGGCUCCCUCCCUCUGUGCCAAGGGGAGGCCAGCGGCUUCGCACCCUUACCGCGCAUGCUCACGGCUCCGCCAGCGGGCGCUACCCGGGAACUCUUGCGCGGCGGAAGCGAGCUGCGGUCGGACCCGAUUAACAAGGGACGCCGAGUCCGUGCGCGAAACAACCCUCCCCGUCGCCGCCGUCCCCAUCCCCCACCGCCCCUUCCCUGGGUUCGCGGCAGGGCUCGCGAUGUCGGGCUUCAGCCCCGAGCUGAUCGAUUACCUGGAGGGGAAAAUCUCCUUCGAGGAGUUCGAGAGGCGCCGAGAGGAGCGCAAGAGCCGCGAGAGGAAGGAUGGAGAAAGUGUACCUACUGAGGAAAAUACAUAUGACCCAGAUGCUCCAUCUACAUCUGGAAAAGGAUCUGGUAAAUCCCAGAGUCGCAAUGAAACAGAAGGAGAAACGACAGAUGGGGUCAGUAAAUCCGUCCAUCGGGUCUUCGCUUCCAUGCUUGGGGAAAAUGAAGAUGAGGAGGAGGAAGAAGAGGAAGAGGAGGAGGAAGAUGAAGAAACCCCUGAGCAACCCACAGCAGGAGAUGUUUUUGUAUUGGAGAUGGUGCUUAAUCGAGAGACCAAAAAAAUGAUGAAAGAGAAAAGGCCUCGCAGUAAACUUCCUCGAGCCCUGAGAGGACUCAUGGGAGAAGCCAACAUUAGGUUUGCUCGAGGGGAACAUGAGGAAGCUAUACUGAUGUGCAUGGAAAUCAUAAGACAAGCUCCUCUUGCUUAUGAGCCAUUUUCUACUCUUGCCAUGAUCUAUGAAGACCAAGGUGAUAUGGAGAAAUCAUUGCAAUUUGAGUUGAUUGCAGCUCAUUUAAACCCUAGUGACACUGAGGAGUGGGUUAGACUGGCAGAAAUGUCACUAGAGCAGGACAAUAUUAAACAGGCCAUAUUUUGCUAUUCAAAAGCUCUGAAGUAUGACCCUACCAAUGUGCGUUAUCUGUGGGAGAGAUCAAGCUUGUAUGAGCAGAUGGGAGACCAUAAAAUGGCAAUGGAUGGCUAUAGACGUAUCUUAAAUCUUCUGUCCCCUUUUGAUGGAGAACGCUUUAUGCAGUUGGCCAGGGACAUGGCGAAGAGUUACUAUGAAGCCAAUGAUGUCACCUCUGCUAUUGAGAUAAUGGAGGAAGCCUUUACUAAACAUCAGAGCCUCAUCUCCAUGGAAGAUAUUAAUAUAGCAGCUGAACUGUAUAUCUCCAACAAACAGUAUGACAAAGCAAUGGCGGUUAUUACGGAUUUUUCAGGAAUUGUAGUUUCAAAGAAAGUGACUGAACAAGGCCCUUCUGAGGAGAAUAAAGACAUGAAAGAUGUAGUGGCUGUUGUGGAAAUUCAGGAGAGUCAAGUGGCAGUGAUCGACUACCAAGAUUUUCCAGCUGAGGCCAGCGCUGUUUCUGAAGAUAAAGUUAGCUGCUCUAUACCUGAUGGAGUUCCAAUAGACAUCACAGUAAAACUAAUGGUGUGCCUGGUUCACCUGAACAUCCUAGAGCCACUCAGUCCUCUUUUGACUACUCUAGUGGAGCAAAAUCCAGAGGAUAUGGGGGACUUGUACCUGGAUGUUGCAGAGGCGUUUUUGGAUGUUGGAGAAUACAAUUCAGCACUACCACUCUUGAGUGCCCUAGUUUGUUCUGAAAGAUAUAACUUGGCAGUAGUUUGGCUCCGGCAUGCAGAGUGUCUAAAAGCCUUGGGAUAUAUGGAGCGUGCUGCAGAGAGCUAUGCAAAAGUUGUUGAUCUUGCCCCGUUGCAUUUGGAUGCAAGAAUUUCACUUUCUACACUUCAGCAGCAGCUGGGCCGGCCUGAGAAAGCUUUGGAGGCUCUGGAACCAAUGUAUGAUCCAGAUACUUUGGCACAAGAUGCUAAUGCUGCCCAGCAGGAAUUAAAGUUACUGCUCCAUCGUUCAACGCUGUUGUAUUCUCAAGGCAAAAUGUACGGUUAUGUGGACACUUUGCUUACCAUGCUAGCAAUGCUAUUAAAGGUAGCAAUGAAUAGAGCUCAGGUGUGUUUGAUAUCUAGUUCCAAAUCCGGGGAGAGACACCUUUACCUUAUGAAGGUGUCUAGGGAUAAAAUUUCAGACAAUGAUGACCAAGAGACUGCAAACUGUGAUGCAAAAGCAAUAUUUGCUGUGCUCACAAGUGUACUGACAAAAGAUGACUGGUGGAACCUCCUCCUGAAAGCCAUAUACUCUUUGUGUGACCUUUCCCGAUACAAGGAGGCAGAGCUGCUGGUGGAUUCCUCACUGGAAUAUUAUUCAUUUUAUGAUGAUAGGCAAAAGCGCAAAGAGCUGGAGUACUUUGGUCUUUCAGCUGCAAUUCUGGACAAGAACUUCAGAAAAGGUUACAACUAUAUCAGGAUAAUGUUAAUGGAAAAUGUUAAUAAACCACAACUCUGGAAUAUCUUCAAUCAAGUCACCAUGCAUUCUCAGGAUGUACGACAUCAUCGCUUUUGUCUUCGAUUAAUGCUGAAAAAUCCUGAUAAUCAUGCACUGUGUGUCCUAAAUGGGCAUAAUGCAUUUGUAUCUGGUAGUUUCAAGCAUGCUCUCGGACAAUAUGUGCAAGCCUUCCGUACCAAGCCAGAUGAACCUCUGUACAGCCUUUGCAUAGGCUUAACUUUCAUCCACAUGGCAUCUCAGAAGUAUGUGUUAAAAAGACAUGCUCUUCUUGUACAGGGAUUCUCUUUCCUUCACCGGUACCUGGGCCUCCGUGGACCAUGCCAAGAAUCUUUCUAUAACCUAGGCCGUGGCCUUCAUCAGCUGGGAUUAGUGCAUAUGGCAAUCCAUUAUUACCAAAAGGCACUGGAGCUUCCUCCUCUCAUCUUAGAGGGAAUAGAAGCUGAUCAGACAGACUUGCGAAGAGAUGUUGCUUUCAACUUGUCACUAAUUUAUCAGAGCAGUGGAAAUUUAAGAAUGGCUCAAAAGCUGUUGUAUACAUAUGGAAUCGUAUGAUGGAGUUUGUGGCACCUGUUUAUGACUAAGAGGUAGCCUGCUAGGAAAAUAACAUUUGUCAUUUCCACUGGGGCAAUGAGGAUCUCAUGCAUUACACACCAAUGGAGAGACCCAUUCAAAACGAUGUGUACAUAUUUUUUUCUAAACUGAUCUAGCUGUGAUUGGAUCAGAGUUACUAGUUACUGUAUAUAUUUUGUUUCCUGAACUCUUGAGCUAUUUUUUCUGUUUCCUGAGGUUGGAACUGUAAAAUGCCCCGAUACAAGCAAAGUUCGACAAGUAGGCUUUUGUGAGCAGAUUCUCCAGACCUAUUUAGAUGUUGGUUGAGCACGUUAUUGAUAAGUUUUUGUGAAGCCUGAAGUUGGUGCUGGUACACAGAAUUCUCAGGGACUAAAAAUGAUGUGUACAUUUUUUUUUUUUUUUUGGAGAAGAUUUUUAGAAAGUAAUUUAACUGGCUACUGUCCAAGUUCAAUUCUGGCAAUUGGUUACAUUUGCCAUGUACUGUACAAAAUUGUUACUAUUAUAUAGGAGAGGGAAGACUGAAGAAAUGGGCUUGAGGGGCAGGGGAAGAUAUAAGCUGAACACCCCCAGACAACAGAUGCUUUGGAUUCCUGGGAGAAUUUUUCCAGAGAGAAGGGGGACAAACUUAACGUUACAAAUAACUGCAAUUGCAAGACCUUUAAAAUACUUAAAAAGGAUCAUAAAGAUUCCUAGAAAAAUAUUUUAUUUCAUCGCAAGCUGUGUCUAAGAAAAGUAAUUUUCUUAUAUUACUAAAUCGGUGUCACAUCGGUAAAAGGUAUCCAUUUUCUGCAGUAUUGUAAAUUGGUCUAGUAAAUAUCUUUAUUUAUAAAAUCAACAAUCAUUUAAAUAACUUAUUCUCAGCAAAAACAAAAAAAAGUCCUAAGUUGUGUAGUGGGCUAAACACUUGUUAGGUGUAGUAACCUACAGCCCAUUUUCUUCCUGUAUUAAAUAAUUAAAUAUUGAGAGAGAGGUGCUGCAAAUUCUGUAUAUUGCUUCGCUAAUCACGAAUGAUAAUUCCGAUUAUACAGGUGUCAUAUAUGUUGAUCUUAUCCUGCAGAGAAAUAACGUCAUGCUGGAAGUGAUGAUGAUAGCCCUAUCUCUGAAACUUGUCUUCAGUAAGAUUUGUUUUAAAAGUCUUUGUAGCAUUACUAUACUAAAUUUUGGUAUGUGUAGUACUUCGAGCUGGCCCAACUAAUUGAAGUUUAGUGGUAACGCAAAUUCUAUUAGAUAACACAUUAGUCAGUUUGGUGGUAUAACCAGGCUCAUGCAUUAAAUCUCAGCAACUCGUUACAGCUCUUGAAGAAAAUUGGAACAAAGGUCUUGCCAAAUUCUCUGUUCCUGGGGAACCAAAAUAUAAUUUGUUUAUAUUAGAUCAGAUGAUGAGAUCAAAUGGUCAGACAAAAUGAUGACACAUACAUACUACUAUUGAAAGUGUGAUGAGUGAACAGCAACACAAUUAAAAAAAAAAUCUCACAAUCUGUGGACUUCUGAUGUGCUGAAGGUAAGAGAAAAUGACUUGUGUUUUGGAGGAUAGGUCAUAACUGGCCAGCAUUUAUAGUAUCCCGAAUAUUAUACCUUCUUCCCCAAAAGUUAGCUUUAAUUCUGCUAUUUUCUAACUUGAAUGCUAGACUUUGCAACCUUAAUUUGGCUCCCUUUUUUGUGUCCAUAUGAUAGUCUCUAAUUGCAUGAUCAGAUACUGUUUUUUCCACAACUUUAUUCAGUGCACAGGACAGAUGGCACUCAGGGAAUUAAUUGGAUCCAAAACAUGAAUGCACAGAAGCUUCUCAGAGAACCUUGUUAAGAAUUUAACCUGUGAAAAACAAUGUAUUUUUUUUCCUAACUGCGUUCUCGGAAAUGGCCAAACUGCUUUUGCUAAAACAAAAAAAAAAAAAUCAGCCGGAGGUGGAAACCUUUAGCUUAAACGGUUGGCAAAGUUGUAAUCAAUUGGUAAGUGGCUUAGAAUGGAAACAUUUUUUAGGCAACUUUAACUGUAGUUGCUGCCAGCUCUGACAUGCCUUUCCCAAGUUAUUUUCUUACAUUAAACUGUAGACCGUUCUGUAUCAAAUAAUAAAUUAUUACAAUAUUGUGCUUAAUUACUUGGAUAGUCUUGUUCUUAGAGUGUGCUUAGAUACAGUAGUGGUGGGUAGCUUGGACCUCCCUAGAAGGUUGUUUACAAAAGUGUCUACUCCUUGUCCUCAAACCCUAACCACAAAUGUGUUCUGUCUGAGUGAUACUGGGAAUGACCAUUAGAAAGCUGCUUGCUAUUCUCACAUGUAUGUACUUUCAUUGAAGGCCAUGGAUCCAGAGUAAGGGCUAACAGUGUCUAAUGCUGUGUAAUGCUAUAUAGCUCUGUAAGUGAGCAUAUUUUUAUUUAGUUUUGCCAUCUUCCAAAUAUUACUGAGGUAGAAAAUGUUUGUUUAGUAGAAAUUUCACACUUCCUAUAACGACUUACCAUGGCAGCUCAUAGUUCUUAUACUGAUUAUCCAUUUACAGUAUGGCAGUGUCAGUGAAAGUUGUACAGGUGAGUCGCAUCAAGUGCAUUUAACUUAUGCAAAUUCAACUAUAUGCGCUCGGCAAAAAAAGAAAAAUAACAAGAUACCUGUAAAUAGCGCGGGCGAUUCCAUCGACCAUUCCACUCAAUGAGCAUAUGCCCCGGAGUGAGCGUGAGAUGGGAGACAUGAAUCUGCUGUUCCCUCAGUCGGUCUCAGUUCCUGUGUGCCUCUCGUAGUAUGAGCAUCUCGCCAUGCUGAGUGUGAUUCUAGUGUUUAAAGAUACAUAUUUUUCGUAUAACGUGGCCCCUAAACGCAAGCCAACUACUUCAUCUGGUGCUCAACCGAAGAAACAGCCAUCUGUUGCAACGUUGGAGGAAAAACUGGCUGUGUUGGACUUAUUGAGAGAUGGUAUGUUGGUCUCCAACAUGGCGCGUAAAUAUGGCCGCAACGAAUCUAGCAUCUGUGCCAUCUAGAUUUGAGAGAGAGAAAUUCUUCAAGCUGUGGCAUCAAGUGCUCCAAUAACUGCUAAGGUGAUGAGCUUGGUGCGUGAUAAGACUUUAGUGAAGACUGAAAAGGCAUUAAACUAAUGGCUGGAAGACGUGAACCGUAAACGUGUGCUUAUCGAUGGCAACAUGUUGCGAGAAAAGGCUCUUAGCCUCUACACGCUGUUCAAACCUCCCGCUGAAGAGGGACAGCCUUCUGAUGAGAAGGAAUUCAAAGCCAGCCAAGGUUGGCUUAACAGUUUUAGGAACCGCUUCAACCUCAAAAAUGUGGAGCCUCAAAAUCACACGUAGUAUUAUGGAUGAUUUGAGACCAUACCAAGAAAUGUUUGAGCAGCUCAAGAGACAACAGCGACAGUUGCCGAUCACCAUGUUUUUCAAGGAAAAAUAAGCAGCAGCAGAUGAGCCUACGCAAUCAACUUCUUGAGCUGAACCAGAACCAACCACUUCGUCUACGACUCGCUCUCCAUCACAUCCGUCUCCUGGAUCGACAUCAAGCUGUCAACCCCCUGUAAUUACCCCCCCGUAAUUAAAAAUACAUUACUGUAAAAUUA